CCGGAAAACAAACAAAACAAAUUAAAGGACGUGAUGUUCAUCCGCCAACGCUCGCGCUGCAUAUUCAUACAGUACGGAAAGAUUAUUGUGUUUUGCUUAAAAAGAUCGCAACGAGCCCGAAUGGACCGUAUGAGUGAGGAAGCAUUGCGGCUGAACCUGCUAAAGCGAGGCCUGGAGCCAACAGAGGAUCGCAGCCGAGCUCAUGAUGACGUCCUGCCCAAGAGACUGAAAAUGGAAGGUCAUGAGGCCAUGGAGAGACUGAAAAUGCUCGCACUACUUAAACGCAAGGACCUGAGUGGCCUGGAGAGCGGCUCUGGGACACUGGGGGAUCUGCGAGCCUCUGGAACCAGCAGCCACACUGCAUUACAGAGUUACACGGCAUAUGAGGAGAAGCUGAACGGCAGCCUGAGGACACCAGCUGUGCCCCACUCUCUUAUGGGCCGCAGCGGGAAAGAGAACAUCAGUGACGAGCCGGUGGACAUGAGUGCCAAGAGGAGUGUUGUGGAUCGAGAGCGUCACACUCCCUCUCCAGAUGUAAUUGUCUUAUCUGACAACGAGGCCUCCAGCCCCAAAGGAGCAAGCAGAGAGGACAAAGUGAAGCCUGUAAACCUGGACAUGUUUAAGGGGAAGAGUGUAGCUGAGCGGCAACGAGUGAUUAAGGCUUUAAGAGAGGAGCUGAGACUUGAAGAGGCUCGUCUGGUUCUGCUAAAGAAACUCAGACAGUCUCAACUACAGAAGGAGAACCUCGCCCACAAGGUAUCAGUGGUACAGAGCAGUUCUUCAUCCAUUCAUCCCUCAGCCCACAGCUCUCAGUCUAGCAACAAGAUCCCCAUCAGAUCUGGCCACACACACCACGGUGGAGAUGUCCAGAACCUCCGUGCUGCACAGGGACAGAGUGUGAUCCGGUCUGCAGCCAGUGCCUCCAUUCCCCAGAUGAUGAUGUCACAGCGAGUGGUUGCUCCAAGUCCAGGGCAGCUGCAGGGCCACAGAGUGCCAAGCAAACCAAGCAGCAUGCGCACCUCCACAGCCAGCAUCAACACCGUCAACUAUCAGCAGGCCUCUAGUCAGCAGGUGUCCGUCCCCCAGCGUUCCAACUCGUCCUCCAUCUACAUGAACCUGGCACACAUGCAGGCAGUAGGCGUGGCUGGGAUGACAGGGGGAGUGGGAGUGGCUGGUGUGACAGGUGGAGUGGGUGUUUCUGGGGUGGCCUCUUCCUCAUCUAGCUCUGUGCAAGAUGUGGCAAGCAGUCAGGCUGCAGCCAAACUGGCUCUGCGUAAACAGCUGGAGAAAACCUUGCUUGAGAUCCCGCUACCUAAACCACCUGCGCCUCUUCUCUACUUCCUGCCCUCAGCCGCCAACUCUGAGUUCAUCUACCUGCUGGGCCUGGAGGAGGUGGUGCAGAGCGUCCUUGACAGUCAGGGUAAGCUGUAUGGGACAACUGGCCGUCUGGAGCCUUUUGCUUGUGCUCAGUGUAAAACUGACUUUACCCCUCACUGGAAGCAGGAGAAGGGCGGGCGCAUCCUUUGCGAAACAUGUAUGACAUCCAAUCAGAAGAAGGCUCUGAAAGCCGAACACACCAAUAGGCUGAAGAAUGCCUUUGUGAAGGCUCUGCAGCAAGAGCAGGAGAUUGAACAGAAAUUACAACAACAAGCUGCCCUCUCCACUAGUUCUGCAGUGUCUGCAGCUAGUGUGAGCAAAGCUGAGUCCAUGAUGAGGCACCACAGCAUCAGACAGGCAUCCUCGGCACAAGUUGCUCAGUCCCAGGUGUCUGUACAGCGCAGUGUAUCAGCUGCAGGUUCUGGGUCAGCACGAGGUGUCCUAUCAAACUUCGCACAGGCGUCCCAGCUCGCACUACCUAGCACUAUAAUGGGCAUGUCUAGCAAACACUGCUCUACCUCCAGCAGCCGGUCGCAGCAUGACAGCCGACAUCAGCUGUACGGCAUUCCUGGAGUCAACAUUGCUUACCUGAGCUCUGGUAAUGUUGGGGUUCACAAGUCAUCUAGUUUAGCAGACAGACAGCGAGAGUACCUGCUGGACAUGAUUCCUCCUCGCUCCAUAUCCCAGUCCAUUACUGGACAGAAAUAGGCCAUCACUAUCACACUUAACCCCCUAACCCCAAUACAUGCAUACAAACAACCUACUCAUGACAAGAUCACUCACAUAUGCAUUCUCUCGCUCUGUCUUCUCUCUCUCUCUCUCUGAUGAGCACACACACACACACACACACUUUCACAUAUCAUACCACUUCUCCCGAUCCCCUGUUGCAUGCAGUGCCUGUCAGUCUGCUUACCAGCUACUCUUUCUGUGUAACACAAUCAAUGACUGCAUGUGGUGAACUUCACCAGUAAACUGCAGUCCCUCUCUGCAAGUAUGCAAUCCCUCCUCAACACUGCUCAACCCUUACAGCCUUCAUCACUCAAAAUGCGUGUGUGUGUGUGUGGACAUGUUUUGUACAUUAAUGCACUUUCUGAUGAGAAUGUGUUUUUAAUUUCUCUGUUAAUAUUUCGAAUGCGUGCGGAUGUGGUGGAACCAUACAGCGAGAGACAGAAGCUCUUGGUUGACUGAGAGAAUUGAAUUUAAAUGGACAUAUCGGGGGUCUGUCAGUGUUUUUAAGAAGAUGGGAUUUAAAUGAAGAAGUCUUAUAUCAUUAUGUGGAAAGCUUUGGUUUUGGCUACUUUUAGCUGACUGCAAUACUUACUCCCCAGUUCCUAAAGACUUUUCUCUGAGGGUUUCUUGUGCAAACAGCCUGCAGUGUCUUUUCAGGUCUGUCUUUGUACAGUUCUUACCUAGCAAGGGUAAGCCUGUCCGUGAGCUACAUCUUAUUAAGCAUUCAGUCCUGUGAGGUCGCAUUUACUAACUCCUUUUCCAUUCACAUGCAUGUACGCGCUUUGCAUAAGAUCAUGUGGUGGUGUAUCGUUUAUUUUAUGGUGCUCUUCCUGAAUUAGUCAUUUUUCUCAUCAAAUGGGAAAUGAUCAGAAUGACUUAUGACAGUCCACCUUUGACUUUAAACAUGUAAGGUUAAAUAAAAUUAGAAGUACUUAUAGUGCUACGUAUUGAAUUUUAAAGGUGCUGUUUGUCAGAUUUUCCUCUCCAUCAUGUAGUUUACUGAGCAGAGGAAUUUCUCAUGCACUGCCCCUUUAAGUGCACAGUGCAAUAUUAGGCAAGAAGUGGUGAUUUAUUAUUAUUUUUUUUAAACAUUAAGUGACUGAAGAGUAACAGUUUGUUAUGGCCCUGCACCAUAAUGGAUAAUACCUUUCCCACAUUUCUCUAUUAAACAUGUAUCUUUGUUUAUUCAUCUUUUGUAAAAUAUGUACAGUAUAGUACUGUCCCUUUUUUAUUUCAUUAUACCAUGUGCCCUAAGGUACAUUUGUUGUUUAAACAAAUCUUCAUAUCUGUAAAGCUGAUUUUUAAAAAUAUUUCUUAUGAAAUACCUGUAAAAAUUCUUUUAGAAAUUUAAGCCAUUUUCCCCCCUUUUCAUGCCCCCUUUAUCUUAUUUUACUUGAAAACUGGUCAAGGUUUUAUGAAUAUUAAGCUUAUAACAAGUAUUACAAAUACUUAUUUGCAUGAGCAGAUGUAUUCUUAAUAAUGUAUUGUAAAUAUGCCUUUAGCUUUUGGGGCUCAAAACAUGAAACAAUGCAUUUGUACAUUGUAUAGGAAAAAAACAAAAGCCAUUGAUAUUGUGAGUGUCGUUUUGUCAUUUGUUCCCUGUGUAGUGCUACACAAAAUGUAUGAAAUUAAUUUUUCUUUUGAUUCAUUCUUAAAUAUGUUUUUGUCCCCUCUGUAUCAGUUGUGCUCUGUGCUUCAUCCACCUAAGACUUACUUGGCCACAGUAUUUCACUUAAUUGUCAGUGUUAAAGUUUGAAAUGAACACACAGCCCUUUGUACAUUAGUGUUGGAUUUGGGAAAGCUCAGACAACUCAGUGAAAUGUUGUUGCCUCUGGCAAUCAGAGAUGUGCUCAGUUCUUUAAUGUUGGUCCUCUGGAAACGGCCAUUUAUGAUCCCAGGGCUGGAAAAUGCUCUUGCUCUUCACUUUCUUUGCUGUUAUUUGUUGUUCUAAAUGCAACAUGCUGUAUUUGCUAUGGAAUGCUAAGCUGAAUGUGGAAACUGAACAGAAGGAAGAAAAAAAAAUCUUUUCUCGCAGGCCAAAUGUUGCUUCUUAUAAUUUCAGUAAAUAAGCUUACAAUAAAAAAAGAAGAAAUUAA